GAUUGUAUGGUUCAUGGUUACAUGUAUGUCUGAGUUGGUUCAUAGCACUGUAAACUGUAAAGCCAUAUGCUUUUCGAAUAGUUCCAACAAUGUGGAGCGUUACAUUCAUAGCAUUUCUGUGUGCUUCUCAUUUAAAUGGGAUACUUACUGAAAGUGAUGAUUUGCUCACAAAAUUCAAGAACUUCGAAAAUAGCCUAUUUUCAGCACUGGAGACACAUGUCCAGCGAAUUAAUAAACUCGAAUCAAUCGUGAAGCAACAGCAGGACAAAUUGUCAGAUCAGGAGAAAACCAUAAUACGACAACAGCAGGCAAUGACCGAGCAACAUGAACUGUACAAAACACUACAAAACAUGUACAACAAACAGGCGGGAACAAUAAAACGACACGAGAAUAUCAUGUACUCACAAGCGGCAAGAAUACUUUCAUUAGAGAGAGACACGGACCUUAGCAGUAUUGAAGCUCGGACCAGCAACACGAGCAUAGGUCCUGGGAAAGAUUGGAAAAAACACAAAACAGGGACAGACCGAGGCAAAGACAAACGUACAAGUAUAUAUCAGGAUGACAACGUUGUUCCAAAACGCAGUACUCCCAGUAUUACAACUCCCGUUGCAUUCACGGCUGUUAAACAAGCAACACAAGGCGCAAUUGGGGUCAACCAAAACAUCAUCUUUGAGCAUGUAAUUCUGAAUGACGGAGGUGGGUUUCAUGUGCUUCACAGCAUAUUUAUAGCACCGGUCGCUGUUUACUACCUGUUCUCCACGUCCACGUUGCACAGUAUUGACAUACCGCAUUUACUUCACGCCGGUCUAAUGCACAAUGGUAAUGUGAUUGCUAUUGCGCACUCGCAUCCUGGAAUCUUUGAACAAGGAGCCAUAACAGCUGUGAUUAAGGUUGCAGCUGGAGAUGAAAUCUGGAUAAGUAACCUUGACCAUGGUCCGGAGUCAGCUGAGGGUGGUUCAUACUCGUCAUUUUGCGGCGUUCUGUUGUAUCAGCUUUAAUUUUACAAAAGGUGUAUUGCAACAUUGUGUUUAUUCGAAAUCUCACCGAGUCUGAUAAUACAAGUUCACUUACCGUCAA